UAUAGACAGAGUUGACCUGCAAGUUGCAACAGAUACGGACUAAUGUCAGCGACCUUCCUACAUUUUUUUGUAAUUUUUAUAUCAUUGUGUAUCUUGUCGACUCUGAUAUAUGUUAGCAGAAAACGCCCUUAUUUCGGGCUUAAUGGAGCAGCCUGGAAUAACAAUGAAAACCUAAAAUUUUCGAUUUUGACAAGGAAAACCGAGUUUGGUGAGAUUGCCACGCAGGGGAACUAUAGAAAUCAAGGUGAUGCAUAUCGCAGUAAAGCUACGGAACCAAUAAAAAAGGCAGAUAUUGUUAGCCUUUCCAGUCUAAUUAUGCAAGAAUUCAAUUUAUCUUUCAAAUCAAAGGACAAGCGCAUUUUAGGUGGCAAGUGGUUGGAUAUAUUCCCGGAAGUACGACAUAUGCUACAGGAAAUCGAAACCGGUAGACCAGCAUCUUCAAUCAAUGGUAUAACUUCGGCAAAACAGUCUGUAGUAACAUUUGACAAAAAGCGGAAAUAUUUUGAAGGAAAUACAUGGAAAGGACUGAUAAAAUCAUAUGAUCGGAAAAACAACCUGAAAUCCCAAGGCGGAGAUUAUUAUAAAGCAUCCCUUUAUCGCUCAGAGCGAAUUAUCGACGGUGGCGUGUCGUGUACUGUAAAGGACAACCAAAACGGUACAUACGGAGUGGAAUGCCCGUUACCUUGGCAAGGUAGAGGUUUUGUCCGUGUAUUUCUGCAAUCACCGAAGGAAACAGUUUAUUUAAAUAUGUUGAUCACGAGCAAAAUGAAUGAAGAAUUGAUCAUCAAAAACACUUCGUUUAUAAACUCAUUUAAACAGAGAGAAUAUUCGAUAUGCGACAUGGAUUUGCGGGAUAAAUACAACGAUUCCGAUAUAUGUGAUCAUAGUAACCUUCGCAAUGGCGAACCUUGGUUCUGUGUGAAAACUUCUUCGGGAGAAUGCCCUGCUAUAGAAAAUCAAUUGGAAAAAAUAGUCGAUAAAGACGGAGGUAAAGCAUUUCGUCGUAAUAGGUACCGUGUUGAACCUGCAGCUGUUGGAUCUGGCGAUCCGGUAGCAUUUUCCAUCAGAAAACGACCAGUGAAAAUGAAAAGAAAAUUAGAAACAUGUUCAAAGAAAAACCUCCAUCAGUGUACUUGGAUCUCAAAAAGCCACUGGAUGGUUCCGAAGGUCGAUCUUGGACAUCAUUUCAAUGUUUGCUCGGAGAAUUUGGUGACAUUACGAUUCGUUCAAUGCAUGAAGAACAAGAAGAUUUAUGUCGUUGGCGAUUCUGUUGCCUCCCAGUGGUUUAGGUUUAUGUACGGUAUAUCCCGAUCCACGGGAAAACUGUUUUCGCGUUUUGGUUGGUCAGAACCGCAAAAUACAUUUAGUAAAAUUCAUAAUAUAACAUUACAUUACCGUGGGCAUGGACCUCCGCUACAUGGACCUGGUCCACCUUUAUUUCACCCGUACAUAUCGAAUACGAUAGAUUCGAUAAAACAUGCCGGGCGAGAAACUCAUUUUCUGGUUUCGUUUGGUCCACACUUUGGAGGAUAUCAUCCCGAUGUUUUCUUGAAUCGACUUGUGAAAAUCAAGAAAGCUAUGCUACGAUUAUUAUCUCGAUCUCCUGAUGUAACUUUCUAUAUUGCCGGUAUAAUACCGCACUCACCUUGGGAAGUACAGCCGAGUGAAUGGAUAAUGUACCGGCAAGAAAUUCUGAUGAGGAGCGUUCUGGGAAAUAUGAAAGGGGUUAUAUAUUUGCAAUUUUGGGAUAUGGCAAGCGUUAUCAUGAACAAAAAAGUACACGUAUUAAAUGAUCUUUUACGACAACAAAUGCGUAUUUUCAAUUCGUAUUUGUGCUCUCCAUAAAAAGUAAUAAAAACACGGUAAUGACAUU